AUGUCCACCUCCUUUGAAUUCUUCGGCUUCAUUCUUCUCAUUAUUGAAACCCUUGUAGGAAUAGCGGGAAACGGAUUUAUUGCUAUCAUUAACUUCAUUGACUGGUUUAGCAGCAGAAAACUAUCCCCAGCCGACAUGAUUCUGAGCUGUCUUAGCUUGUUUAGAUUUGCAUUUCAUGCAAUUGCAAUACAGGCUACAAUUCAUCUCCUCUUUUUCAUGGAUACCUUUCUUUUGAGGAAUGUAUAUAUUGCAUACAAUGCCUCAUGGCUAUUUGUUAAUACGGUUAACCUUUGGUUUGCCACUUGGCUCAGUAUUUUGUACUGUGUAAAGAUUGCCAACUUCUCCAAGCCUCUCUUCCUCCAAAUGAAGCGGAGAUUCCCUGGGCUGGUGCCUUGGCUGCUUCUGGGGACAGUGGUCUUCUCUGCAAUCACCACGACCAUCAAGACAAUAGUGAGAAGUACAAUCAAGUCUGAAUGCAAGACAAUUGAUUCACUUCUAAGCAAUAACACUGACUCAGGAAUUAAGACAUCUGACUCUUGUAAGUAUUACAUGCUUCUAUAUCUUCUUCCAGAGUUCUUUGCCUUCAUUAUAUUUUCUUCCUCAUCCAUUUUAUUGCUAACCUCUCUGUGGAGGCACAAAAAUCUUUUACAAAACAGUGCAAGGAAUGUCAGCACAGAAGUUCACCUGAAUGCCAUCAAAGCUCUGGCUUCUUUUUCCAUUCUCUACGUAUCUAGCUUUUUUGUGGAAAUAUUGACAACGUUCUUCACUUGGAUGGAUAUUGAAGGCAUUGAGAUGAAUAUUUGGCUUUUUGAUUUUGCUGCUGCAUAUUCCUCUGGCCAUGCCAUUAUCCUGAUCUUCAUUAAUCCCAAACUGAAAAAGGAAUCAGUCAAGAUGCUACAUCAACUAAAAUGCUGA